AUGGGGCUCACCAAAGCCAUAGGCGUUAGUAAUUUCUCCCGUAAGAAGCUUGAGGAGCUCAUUUCCACUGCCAAGAUCCUGCCGGCGGUCAAUCAGGUGGAAAUGCACCCAAUGUGGCAGCAAAAGGAAUUGGUUGAUUUCUGCAAGACGAAGGGUAUUCAUGUCACUGCCUACUCUCCUUUAGGUGCAAUAAGCACUUCAAAGAGAAACAACCAAACGGUGGCAUCUAGCCUCGUGGAAGAGAUAGCCAAGGCCCAUGGCAAAACUUCUGCUCAGGUUUGUUUGAGGUGGUUGUAUGAGCACGGGGUGAGCAUGCUGCCGCAGAGUGGGAACAAGAAGAGGAUGAAGGAGAACCUUAUGAUCUUUGAUUGGGCUUUGAGUGGGGAAGAGCUAAACAAGUUUACCCAGCUUCCUCAGCACAAAAUGCUCCGACCUUCCUCUUUUCUGGGCUCCCAUGAUUUGGUGCUGGAGACUGAAGAAGGCAUAUAG